UUCCUGAUCUCUCCCCAGCUGGCUCUGGGCUCUGCCCUACUGAACAUACAGAUCCCCCUGAUGCUGGGUUCUGUGGUGAACGUGGUGUCAGAGUGUAUGGCAGACCAGCAGCAGAACUAUCUACAGAUGAUCGUACCACCUGCCUCCAGGCUCAUGGCUGUCUAUGCUCUACAGGGAGUCCUGUCCUUUGGUUACAUCUGGCUGCUGGCUGCUGUAGGAGAGCGCAUGGCAGCACGCAUGAGGGUCGCUCUGUUUGAGAACCUGGUACAACAGGACAUGGCGUUCUUCGACAGUCACAUGACAGGCCAGCUCGUAGACAGGUUAACCUCAGAUGUACAAGACUUCAAGAGCUCCUUCAAGCUGUGUAUUUCUCAGGGACUGCGUAGUGUUACUCAGGUUACAGGUUGUUUUGUAUCCCUGUACCUGAUCUCACCUAAGCUGACAGGUCUCCUGGUGCUGGUCAUGCCCACUGUGGUGGCGGGGGGAGGCAUGAUCGGAUCAGGACUCAGGACCCUGUCACGGGCGGCACAGGAACAGGUUGCUAAGGGUACAGCUGUUGCUAAUGAGGCACUGGGAAACAUCCGAACAGUCCGGGCAUUUGCAAUGGAGGAAAAAGAGUCCAGACUUUAUGCAGAUGAGGUGAACAAGGCUGGCAGGCUGAACGAGAUGUUAGGUCUCGGCAUCGGCGUAUUCCAGGGCGCCGCCAACUUCGUGCUGAACGGUAUCGUGUUGGGCGUGCUGUUCUCCGGAGGACUGAUGCUCUCCACCAAUGACAUGUCGGCGGGAGACCUGAUGUCGUUCCUCGCCGCAGCACAGAUGAUCCAGCGAUCGCUGGCGUCCGUGUCCAUCCUGUUUGGGCAGGCUGUACGUGGUGUUAGUGCAGGUGCACGAGUAUUGGAGUACAUGCAGCUGGAACCUACCAUUCCCAGAACAGGGGGCAGGAAGAUUCCAUUCCACAGUCUGUUUGGUACAGUUGAGUUUAAGGACGUCAGUUUCUCCUACCCAACACGUCCGGACCAACAGGUGCUCAACAACUUCAACCUCGUGCUGCCGCCAUGCAAGGUUGUAGCUCUGUGCGGGAUGUCCGGCGCUGGGAAGUCCACAGUUGCAGCACUACUGGAGCGCUUCUACGAUGUGGAGGGGGGCAGUGUCCGGCUGGACGGGAAGGACAUCCGAGAAAUGGACGCUACAUGGCUCAGGGGGAGGGUCAUCGGAUUUAUUCACCAGGAGCCGGUUCUGUUUGCCACCAGUAUCCUUGAGAACAUUCGCUACGGCAAGCCUACAGCCACUGACCGGGAAGUCUACGAAGCCGCCAAACUGGCAAACGCGGAUGGCUUCAUCCGAGACUUUCCUGAAGGCUACGACACGGUCGUUGGCGAGCGAGGGAUCACUGUGUCUGGCGGACAGAAACAGCGUAUCGCCAUCGCGCGUGCCUUGUUGAAGAAUCCGUCGGUGCUGGUGUUGGAUGAGGCGACGAGCGCGCUGGACGCAGACUCUGAACGGUUGGUGCAGGAGGCGCUAGAGAGAGUGAUGAAGGGGAGGACAGUACUGAUUAUUGCUCACAGACUGAGCACCAUUGAGAACGCAGACGUGAUCGUGGUCAUGUCCAAGGGCAGGGUUGUGGAGCAGGGCACGCACUCCGAGCUGAAGAGGAAGGGAGGGAUGUAUGCCGACCUCAUCCGCAGACAGACCGAGAACGGGAACCGCCUGUAGUAGUUACACAGCUGCAUGAUGCUGCUUGCUUCUCUGUGCAAUAGCUGGAGUUAUGAUAGCCUGGUAGUUAUCUCAUUCUUGUUCCUGUAACAGUUUGCUAAAGAUUCCUUAUAGUCUGAUUCCUCAGGACUCUGACAAUUUAUUUGAAAUUGUUUGGUCCAUACGUCCUGCAUUAUUAUCAAAAUAUUAAUAUUUCUCUGGAGCAUUGUAAAGGAAUGAAACUAUUUGAAUGCCUAUUUGAACUGGCCUCCUUUGCAGACUUUGGCAGUAGCAGUGUUGUUUUUUUUUUAGGGGGGAGCGCUGGAUCAAGAUUUUCAACAUUCGGCUAAAACUAGACGCCUUUUUCCCGCACAGCAACCAUAGCUCAUGCAUGGAAAUCGAACUUAAGUAUAUAGCCCGCCUUUCGUAAUUUCAACUUGGGUUCAGGCUCUAUGCUCCUUUUCCCGGCAUAGAGAACCUUAGCUCAGCGCUCUUAAAAAAAAUAGAUGCGCCAGGCUGCAAGUCUGCAUAGGAGGCUAUGUUUGAACCCUGUUACUAUGCCGUUACAAGGACUGUGUGACUUGGAGACAAUCAUAUUUACACGCGUAUAUUUCAGGAAAAUAUUCAAAUGCAAACUAAUUGUUUCUCGUUUGAUGGAUGUCUUUUGCCGAGAGCCGAUAAAAGGUCCAGUAAAGAGUUACCAGACUGUUAAGAAUAAGAUGGAUAGCAGGCUAGAUUUAGGUUACGCAAACUUGAUUUCAUUGAAUGAUAUAUGCAAACACUGUGUUCAUUUUAAUUGUUAAAAGAUUCAUUUGAGGUUUUAUGUGUUUUUGACGUUGCUGAGUUUUAAAUGUGGUGAGAACAUUUUAGCUAUCAUAAUGAGAGAAGUUCAAAAGACUUUAUGUCUUUUCAAUACAGUGACAAUGCAGUACCGGUAAAAAAAAUACAUGUACAAUAUUGCAUUCACAGACAUCUUUACAUAAUGAUCGAGAACUAUACGUGUGGUUUUGUGUUGGUCUUUUUGCAUAAUAUGGCAGCAUUGUGCAUUAGAAAGUCAUUUUAGUCUUGGAUACUACAUGCAUUGUACAUCAUUUACAUGUCAUUUUAGUCUUAAUAUGACAUUUUCGUUUUAGAGUAGAUGCCAUUUUUAGUAAAUCAGCAUAUAUCUUGCACUGUAGUUUUUCCUGCAAAGUCUUCCAUCUUAAGGAAGUUUGUGGAACUGUGCUUAAAUGAUAGUAAGAGUAAUUAGUAUAAAAUUCAUUUGGAAACUUUUAAAAAUUUGUCUCUCAUGUUAUACUUAACAUUUUCCUUCAUUUCUCUUUGAAAUUGAUAAGAAAGCUGAACAUAUUGUUGUCCUUUUAAGAUAUCACUUUAUGGUAUCAUAAUUGGGUGUUGAAUGUAAUACAUUGUCACAGUGUGAAAUAGGUACUACUAGUAGGUAAAAUAGUACACAAUAUCUACCAUACUUCAUGUUUGUGUCUCCAAUCUUCUGAUACACCAUUUGUUUGAAAUCUUAAAAUUGUGUAUUUCUGUUACAUG